AUGAAUUAUUUGAAAGUGUUGAUUUGUGUAAUAAUUUUGCUCUUUCUUUACGCCCAAGAAUUAAAUGCAUCGCGAGGAAAGGAGAUAAUUGUGCUGCCAGAUUACGAUGACCUUUUUUGGCGAAAUGGUCUGUACAAGAUAAUUCUACCACAUGAAUAUGUAGACAAUAACAAUUUGGACGAAUCCCUUUUGCGCAUGAUUAAAAUUACAAGGAACAAAUUUAAAAAAAUAAAAAAAUCCAAAACAAGACUUCGAGAUAAUUGCUACCAUUUGGGCCUGCACCUUGGCUUGCGUAUUUUACACCAUCUUACAGUUUUAAGCCUUCGAAUGAUGAAUCUGCACAUGAAGAAGCAAGCCAGGCGUAGGAGUAAGGCGAAGAAUAAAAAUUUACCUCCACAUUAA